AUGGCAGUGUUCGCGGGCUGCGAGGCCGCCGGCGGCAGGGCCGUAGCGCACUGCAGCGGCGGGGUCGGGCGGGUCGGCACUGUGCUGACCGCCUGGCUGGCCCACAGGUAUGGGCUGACCUACGAGGCCGCCGCCGCCGAGGUGGAGGCCCACGCCGCGGCGGCCGGCGUGCGGCGCAAGGUGCCGUCGGUGGAGCGGUUCGAGGAGUUUGUCAGCGGCAGCGGGUGGUGA